AUGUCUGGCGAACAACAACAGAAGAAGCAAGGCGGCGGAAGCAUCCUCGGCGGCUUGACCGACACAGUUGGCAACACGGUGGGCGGCGUGACGGAUACCGUGGGCAACACCGUCUCGGGCGUCGGCGAGGGCGUCGGCAAGACCGUGGGCGGAGCCACUCAAGGCCUCGGUGACACCACCAAGGCGGUCGGCGAUACCACCAAAUCCACCACAGACUCGAUCGGCGGCAAGAAGCAGACCGCAGACAACCCGCUGGGACUGUAG